AUGGAGCGGGCCCCCGGGCGCCGGGCUCUGGGCCGCCUGCUGGAGGCGGUGCUCCGGAGCCGCGCCGAGGCCAACGCGGUGUUCGACAUCCUGGCCGCGCUGCAGGCGGAGGAGCCGGAGGAGGUCCAGGGCGCGGUGCGCGUCUGCAGCCGCCUGUUCGGGGCCUUGCUGGAGCGCGGUGAGCUGUUCGUGGGCCAGCUGCCCCCUGAGGAGACCGUCAUGGCAGGGUCCCAGGGGGCCACUCGGAAAUACAAGGUGUGGAUGAGGCACCGUUACCAGAGCUGCUGCAACCGCCUGGUGGAGCUCCUGGCCCACCCCUCCCUUCAGGUGAAGGAGCUGGCCCUCAGUACACUCAUGAAGUUUGUGAAGCUGGAAGGCACGUACCCCCUGGAGAAACCCAAGUGGGAGGGCAACUACCUGUUCCCCCGCAAGCUUUUCAAGUCGGUGGUGGGGGGCCUGCUCUCCCCGGAGGAGGACUGCUCGCUGCUGCUCUCCCAGUUCCGGGAGCACCUGGAGCACGAUGACAUUCGCUACCACGCGAUGCAGGCGGCCUCAGACACCAUGGCCCGGGUUGCCAACGGACACCCUGAGGUACCUCUCACCUUCUGGAGCAAUGCCUUCACGCUGCUGUCCGCCGUGAGCCUGCCCCACCAGGAGAGCGGCAUCUCGAACUUCUACGUGAAGCACGCGGAACUGUCAGACAAGUGGAAGGUCACUCAUCUGAAGGAGCACAGGAAGGCCUUUCAGCUGAUGUGGCUCGGUUUCCUCAAGAACAAGCUGCCCCUCAGCCUCUGCAAGAAGGUGCUGGUGAUCAUGCACGACUCCAUCUUGCCGCACCUGGCCCAGCCCAGCCUGACCAUCGACUUCCUCACCCGGGCCUACGACAUGGGUGGGGCCAUCAGCCUCCUGGCCUUGAACGGACUUUUCAUCCUGAUUCACAAGCACAACCUGGAGUACCCUGACUUCUACCGGAAGCUCUACAGUCUGCUGGACCCGUCCAUCUUCCACGUCAAGUACCGGGCCCGCUUCUUCCAUCUGGCCGACCUCUUCCUGUCGUCCUCCCAUCUCCCUGCCUACCUGGUGGCCGCCUUCGCCAAGCGCCUGUCCCGCCUGUCCCUGACGGCACCCCCCGAGGCCCUGCUCAUGGUCCUGCCCUUCAUCUGCAACCUGCUGCGCAGACACCCGGCCUGCCGGGUCCUCGUGCACCGGCCGCGGGGCCCUGAGCUGGACGCCGACCCCUAUGACCCCGGUGAGGAGGACCCAGCCAAGAGCCGAGCCCUGGAGAGCUCCCUGUGGGAGCUGCAGGCCCUCCAGCGGCAUUACCACCCCGAGGUGUCCAAGGCUGCCGGCGUCAUCAACCAGGCGCUCACGGUGCCCGAGGUCAGCCUCGCGCCCCUCCUGGAGCUGACCGCGUUCGAGAUCUUCGAGCGGGACCUGAAGAAGAAGGGGCCCGAGGCAGUGCCCCUGGAGUUCAUCCCACCACAGGGCCUGCUCGGCCGGCAGGACGACCUCUGCGCCCAGCACUUCACCCUCAGCUGA